GUCUAGUCGUUUUGGAACGAUUGACUGCACAGUACUUUGUGGAUCGCAUUUUUUCUCGUCGUACUGACGAAUCGGCUGAAAUCUGUCGGUUCCUGAAUUCGCUACUCGAAGGUUUAACACAAUUAAAGGCCUAUCACCAAGCCAAAGAGGCGGAUGCCGCUGAUGGACAAAAGCUGAGCGCCAAAGUUGCUCCGGUCGCAUAUCCCAAGUAUAAAAUUAAUCCUUUAGUCGAAAAACCGGUGUUCGAGAUUUUGAAUCAUCUGUUGCGUGCGACCAAUAGCUAUCGCCUCUCCGCUGCGGUUCGUGACUAUAUUCUGGAAAUGCUGAUUCGCUUCAUCCCUUCGGAAAAAGGUGUUGGUUGGUCCCACAAAAUGGUAUUCAGUGAAGGAGUGUUGGAACGUCUUCUGGAGUUGGCUGGGACUGCGGGAACCACAUCUCUGGUGAACUGGCGUUCUCGGCGCUCCCGUGAACAGGAUGCUACACAGUCGGACACAAGCGGGGCCGGAAAUUCGGGACUAGACCAAACACGGCUAAGCACAACGCCCAAUACCCGUAUGACGGUGGCUGUCCUCCUAGCCAAAUUAUGGGACGACAUGACCUCGGACAAGACACGGGAUGCAUUCACUAACGGUUGUAGUGACUUCAUCUUGGAUUUGUUUGCUGACCACUUCUUGGAAACCAAAGUCGAGGCGGCUUCGGUUAUCGGUACUCUGUUUCUCGGACCGCAUGAAGUUGGUUCCUCGGUUUUGUCCCGUCCGGGUAUCGUAGAGGGCCUAUUCCUACUCACUCAGUGCCCAAACAUGCUUUAUCAGACCGUUGCAUUGGAUACGAUUCUUCUGGUCACUCACAAGAAGGAACAGUGUCUGAGCCUGGUCUCACAAGCGGUUCCGAUUCUGCGUAACUUAUAUAAGAGUGAGAACGAUGGAACCAAGAUCCGUGCACUUGUGGUAAGUAAGUCUCUUUCCCUAAGGCAAUCUGUCAAAAUGAAAUCCGUGUUGGAGGCAACAAAUCAGUUUACCUUCUUGUAUCCAAGUUUGAAGUGUAUUGAUUUUUAUCAGAUUUCAACUUUUAUGCACACCAUAAGUGUACUUCUUUGA